GUUUUUAAUUUAAAAUAUUUUGUGAAAUUGGACUAAAAAUGGCGACCUCUAUUUACUCUACUCUACCGAUACAAAAUCGUUGCUUCAAUUUUUUUAAUUUCUAUUACAGGCGAUUUUUCUAUUUAAAAAUGUUGAUAGAAUAUAAAAAAAUAAAAGUAUUUAAAAAAAAAAGCCAAAAAGGAUCCAGGUCUAGCUAUAUUGGUCGGGCUGAGACAAGACUCUUACUCCCAGGCGCGAUCCCACUACUGCACGACGCGGGGACUUUUGGCUGCUGGGUUUCCCCCCUGGCCCGGUUCGCCCCUCCUUGGCUAACCUGGCCGUCCCAAACUCCUUCAGGACGCCCAUAUUGAACGCCGUGCUUAGUGUGGACACCCGGUCAACGUAAGAAACCCUGCACCAGAUCUCCCGACCUCAAACCAUCCGCUGAAUCCGACCUCGAAGUAGCUCGAUUACAGGAGGCGCCACGCUC